UUUCAUUAGGGUAGUUUCCGUGACGUCACAUAAGGAAUUUCAGACUUUGAUCCCAGACGUGUGUUUUGAGCUUAUCAGUUAGCUUAUAAAUCCGAAAAGCGGUGUUCGUUUGUCAAAUUAAAACAGAUAUCGUGAGUUUGUAUGUAUAGACAACACAUGGAGGAACAACGAAGGAUAAUGGAAGAUCAACAAUUUAUUAAUCAACUGGGAAAGAUCCCAGUGGUCAGUUCAGCCUGGACACAGGCCUACAAUCUUUACCAGAGAACUAAAGGAUCCCAUGAAUUACUGAAGUCCUCUCUAAACAUGGCAGAGGCUGGUGUUAAAACUGUGGUUGAUACAUCAGUAGUGUUCGGUAAACCAUUGGUAGAACGAUACCAACCACAAAUUGUAGAAAAAGCUAACAGUUAUGCUUGUGAGAAAUUAAAUCAAUUGGAAGAGAAAUACCCUGUUAUCAACAAACCUACUGAAGAGUUAAUGGAAGAUGGUAAACAGAUGUAUGAUAGGUAUGUGAAGCCAACAGUCGAUCGUGUGGUAGCAGUCAAAGAUUUCACAGCUAACUCUUACAACCAAGGAAAGGAACAGAUAGGAAAGGUAAAACAGAUUGGAUCAGCAGUGACAGAGUUUGGUUGUAAUCAAGUGGCCAAGACCAUGGACACUCCAUAUGGUCAGUUUGUGUCCAGCCAAGUCAACAAUGCUUUAGAUUUCUCAGAACAGUAUGUGGAGAAAUACUUGCCAGAGUCUGACUCUGAAGAUGAAGAAAAUGUAGAAAAGGAAGAAAUGGAUGAAUACCCACCAAAUGCUGUAACAAGAGCAACUAGUCUGACAGGGAAGGUCCGUAAGAGGAUGUAUAAUAAAGCCAUGAGAGAUAUGAAGAGAUUACAACUUAGAAGUCAAGAAAAUCUAGCUAAACUUAGCUUUACUGUAGACCUGAUUCAGUAUGCCAAGACUAACAUUGAAACAGCAACAGGAAAAGUGACGGGAUCUUUUGGAGUGGUUCAAGAUAAAAUGACCUCAGUAUGGUCACAGAUUGUUAAAGAAGAAGAUGAAGUCCAAGACGUUCCAAAGACUCUAGAGGGGCAGUCAAUUGCUGUAGCCAGGAACCUUACAAAGAAAGUCAAGAUAGGAAUAACAACAUUAACAUCUUACAUCCCAGAGUCCGUACAGGUUACACUUAAAGACAGAAUUGACCAAGCCAAACAGUAUUCAGACGAACUAAUCAAAUCAUUCCAAAAUGUCAACUCUUAUGAUGAAGUUCCUAGUUGGUUUUUAGCCCAGGCACAAGACAAAAUGGGAUAUGUACAAGAAACAGUCAACUUCCUUACUGAGUACCUUCUGUCUAAGCCUCUGGACUGGUUGUCACCAGAGUUUGAUUUAGAUGGGAUCAAUUUAGCCGACCCUGUGAUGGACCUCACCUCCAAUGGCCAUGCCCCUCAUGUGCCUUUUGAUGGAGACAACACAGACAAUCAGUAAUCUACUAAGCGACAUUUUAAUAUGUCUUUCAUAUUUAUUUCAUUAGUUUUACCACAUCUGUUUAUCUAAUAAUUGGCAGUUUACAAAUAUAUCAUGCAUACCAAUGAUUUUAAAAUAACAAACUUUACUUGUGUAAUUAUAAGCCAAAGUUAUGAUAAAUGGACUAUUGAACAUGAGUGCUUUUUAAAAAUAUAUACUGUGGAUUCAUUAUUAUUUGUUGGAUACCAAUUUUCGUGGAUUUCGUGGGCACAGUCAAACCACGAAAUUCAAUAUUCAACGAAAGAUAAUAUUUCCAUAGCUUUAAAUGCAGACUUCAGCAAAACCACGAAAUUAAACAUCCACGAAUAUGCAAGUUUUUCUUAAUCCACGAAAAUUGGUACCCACGAAAAUAAAUGAAUCCACAGUAUAUAAAUUAAUUGAUUUUAUCAAGGACGUAUAUUAGACGUUUGUUUGUUAUACGUCCUUGAUUUUAUGUAUAAAAGUAGAUCUUGCAUAUGUAUAUAUAUAUCAAUGUGACAGCAAUAGAAACCUUUGAUGGACAUGCAGUUUGUCUCAUUGACAAUCAUACCACAUCUACUCUAAAAGACAGCUCUCAAAAUGCUAUUGGAAUCAUAAUUAUUAACCUAUAGAAACCUUGGUUUCUUGCAAUUAAUAUUUAAAUAAAAACAUCAAUUAUCUGUCUGGAGCCAUCCUCCAGUCCUUCAUUUAAAUAUACAUAUGAAGUCUAAGUUUUGGAUAAAUAAUCAGCAUUCUCUUGAAAUCAAGAAGCAGUCCUACCAUUUUACUACACAUUUUAUUACAAUAAAUCCUUCACAAAAGGAGUUGUUUGCCUGCUUAGGGAAAUCCUGAUUCAUGCAAUUUUUGUGUAGAAACUUCCUGAUAAUUUUGUAAAUCAAUUUUCUGUCAGUAAUUAUUUUCAGAAAAUAGUGAUUUUGUUGUUUCCCUUGCUUUAAAAUGCCUUUAUGUAUGUGAUUGAUGUUUUACAUUGUUUUUUCAUAGAUGUCAUUCUAGUUGUUAUUUUGUUAUACAUGUAUUAGUGUUUUCAAAUCAGUUUUAAUGCAAAGAUAACUUCGAAAUCCAAUAUUUAUAGUUCUUAUGACUUUUAUUUUGUAAUUUUUAUGUAGUAUUCUUGGAGUAAAAUUGAUGUUUAAAUGUAAGAAAAAGAUGUAUGUACCAGUAUGUGCAGUGGUGGAAAUGCUGUGGUUUUAUUAAGGACGUUUUACAAUAAGACCAACAUUUUUCUAUAGUUUUUUCUUCUUCUAAAUUUUGACAAGCGAGACAAUUAAAAAUAGUAUGAAAUAAUGGUCAAUCCAGAUUUGCAGUUUUUGUCAUACAGAAAUUUAUUAAAUCUAAAUAGGUAAAAAAUAUGCAUUGUAACUUUAUAAUAAUAGUAUAAAAUGUUGGUCAAUGAAUAGAGAACCCUUUUGAGAUUAACUUGCAACUCAUUAAGAAAUCUCAUGAAAUCCUACGUAAUUUUAUAUUUUUUAUUUAUUACCAUUGUUUUAAAUGUUUUGUUGUUAUUUAUUUCUUAAAGCAAUUUUACUGUGUUCAUUCUUGACAAUCAAAUCUUUGAAAAUGAAUUAAACUCAUUUCAUAAGCAA